UAGCUAUAAAAUCUGACCUUUCGGUGUUAGUUAAGUGAACGCAGAACAGGCUUGUUUUGUGGGUUGAUUAAAAAACAGAUUCUGGGUCAUUUGCAGGAAAGGCUAAAUAGUAGGCCAUUGCAAUAGUCCAGUCUUAAUAUGACAAUAGCUUGGACUAGAAGUUGCAUAGCAUGCUCAGACAGAAAAGGUCUGAUUUAACUGUUUUGUACCUGCCUGACAGAGUGGUUUUUGUGAUAUGGUAAAUUUUAGCUGGUCAUCGAACAACACCCUCAGGUUCCUCACGGACUUAGUAGUUGAAGAACCAAGUUGAAUGGUGAAGUGGUGUUCUUUUAAUGGGUUGGCAGGGAUUUGAGUUGAAGCUGAUGUUUCUUCAUCCAAGAAGAGAUGUCUAUAAAGAAAGCAGAGAUACGAACAAUCCAUACCUGUACAAUAUAGAGAGUUUAUCAAAACAUUUUAACUUUUAAAAGUUUUAACCUUACAAAAUGUAACAUUCGUUUAUUUAGUGGACACACUCUGUUAUCUAUUAACAAAAUGCUGAUAAGUUUGAGUGUGCUAAAGCGCAAGUUGAACCUGUGCGGUAAUAGUGUGUGGGCAUCAUACUUAUUCAUAUUCAGCUGUUGACUUCUUUCCCACCACUGAUAGAAUGACUAUCGUACGGUUGCUCGUGAGUCUUUUACUCUUUGGUUCAUCUGAAGCUGGGAAGCUGUUGGUUAUUCCUUCUGAUGGCAGUCACUGGCUUGGGAUGAAGCCUAUUGUGGAAGAACUGGGCAGGAGAGGGAAUGAGGUCGUGGUGGUCAUCCCAGAUGCAAGUCUGACUAUGGGUCCAUCAGAUCACACCACAACUCUUUCUUAUCCAGUGCCUUACACCAAAGAUGAGCUAGAAAGGGAUUUUGCAGGCAUAGUAGACACUUUUCUAAGUAUUGAUAUGUCUACAGACCUGGCCAGGUUUCAGACAUUUUUCUUCACAAUGGAUAUUCUACAAACAUUUACAGUAAGGAGCGCAGAGAGCCUGCUUUUCAACAAAGACUUAAUGAAGAAACUGAAAGGCUACAACUUUGAUGUUAUUCUCACUGAUCCAUUUGAGCCUGUUGGAGUUAUUGUUGGUGAAUACCUCUGCAUUCCAGCUAUUUACAUGCAAAUAAAUCAUCCAUGUGGGGUCGACACUCUUGACAGCCAAUGCCCAAGUCCACCCUCCUAUGUUCCUCAACUUUUUACUCAAUUUACCAACCACAUGAGUUUUUGGCAAAGAAGUGUGAACCUGGUAAGGACUCUGCUGCAACCCAUGGCUUGUGGAUAUUUAUUUACUCAUGCAGAUGAGAUUGCCUCACGUGUACUUAAGAGAAAAACCUCUGUGGUGGAGAUCAUGAGCCGUGCUGCUCUCUGGUUUAUGCGUUUUGACUUUGCCUUUGAAUUUCCACGGCCAGUGAUGCCCAACAUGAUCAUGAUUGGAGGGAUGGCAGCCAAGAAAUUAAAACCUUUGUCACAAGUAAGCCCUCAUGUCAAAUUUUACACAUUUCCACUGCAGAAUUAUUAG